GUUGAGUGACAGCUGUCCAAUAGAGACCCUCCGUGCUAGCACGACUGGUCGCUUAAGCGCCUCCGCGGUCUCAGGAAUGUCAACUAUUCAACAUGGAGGCGGAGGUCGAUAAGCUGGAACUGAUGUUCCAGAAAGCUGAUUCUGAUUUGGAUUACAUUCAAUAUAGGCUGGAGUAUGAAAUCAAGACUAAUCACCCAGAUUCAGCAGGAGAGAAAAAUCCAGGUGAAAUUUUAAAGGAAUUAUCAGCAGUAAAGUCUCGAUAUCAAGCUUUGUGUGCACGCUUUAAGCCACUUUCUGUUGAGCAAAAAGAGAACAAGAGCCGCAUUUGUGCUACUCUGAGCAAGACAAUGACCAUGGUACAAGAACUACAAAAGCAAACAGACCUGGAGCUGACUCUACUGACUGAAGAAGAGAAAGCUGUGACAGAGCAAUUAAAAUCUCACAUGGCAGACUUAUAAAGACAUGGAGUUUUAAAAAGGAACACUAAUGGACAAAAGAUCCAUUCCAAAGAGAUUCAGCAAGAUGUCGUAUGAACCAAGGGGUGGGAGAUUUUCUUUGAGUGUCAGAAUCAUAUGAGAGGAAAUUGUAAGAAGGGUAGAUUAUCAUAUAAAUAAAAGCCAGAAGGUAAGGAGAUUUAAAUGCUGAUGCCUACAGUUAAUUUUGUGGUUACAAGUAAUGAAAUCCCCUAAUACUAUUUUUAAUCUGUUUUCUUUUUGUAUAAUUGGGAUAAUUGAGAUGUUUUGGGAUUUUGUAAAAGAAUAUUCAAGUACAUUUUCAAUCACUAUGUGAAUGGGAAAAAUACUUGUAUAUUAGAAUUACUCAGGUGUUGUUUGUUUUUUGAAACAGGCUCUCACCAUGUAGUUCUGGCUAGCCCUGGAGCUCACUAAGGAGUCCAGACUGGCAUGAAUCCUAGAGAUACCUGUUUCUGCUUCUGAGUACUGGGGUUAAAGGCAUACACUACCACACUGGGCAUUGUUUUUCUAUCUCUUUGAGACAAGGUCUUAUGUAUCCCAGACUGGCCUCAGAAUUGGUGUUGCCAAGGAUACUCUUUUACUUUAAUACCUCCUGGCCUGUAUAAUCUGACCCUACACCCGAGUGCUGGGAUUACUAGUGUGAGUCACUGCAUCUGGUUUAUGUCAUACUAAGGAUCUACCUAGAGCUUGUGCAUGCUAGGCUAGCACUGUACCAGCCGAGCCACAUCCUCAACCCUGUAAUCUCCUUUUUGAAAAUGCCCGUUAUAGAGGAUAGCAUAUUUUUGUUGUACAUCUAUGAUGUCCAGUAUUUCACGAAACCUAACUAAUAUAAUUAGUAGGCUGCUUUGUGAUAACUUUCCUUUUGUUUUCCCCUUCUUCCCAUUGCUUGCUAAUAAUAAAUGAGCCAUUUUCAAAUGCUGUUUUAAACUGUUCAUCUAGAAUUGCGAUAAUGCCUACCUUUAGUCUAAUUUUGUAGUUGUUCAUUCUAUAUGACUGGUAAAACACUGAAAUCACUAAAGACUUAUUUACUACUA